CUUACAUACUUUGCGAGAAGUCAUUCGAAGCAACAGAUCCUUUUCAACCUUGCAUUCUUUAAAUCCUCGUUCCCAUGCCAUUUCAGUGAUUCAGCAAAUAACUACCGAUACUAAGGAACAUUUGAUAUAUCAUUUACUAUGCAAUAACCAUGCUAAACAAGGUGAUAAAGUGUAUAAUGAUCGUAAUGGUUCAGUUUUACGUUUCAAAAAACAGUGUAAAAUGUAUUUAUCGAUGUCUCUGGAAUUACCAACCUUUAAGCUUUUAUGCACUUUUAGCGUAAGCAGUAAGGACUCAGUGAGACUGUGUACGUCAAAAUUACCCUGCAAGGAUCCACGACCUGGAAGAAGAACAACUUGCAAUUGUCGUCCACGUCAAACUGUGCCAGAAAAGAAACGGCGGUCGAAACAGUACAGUCGACAGAGGAAGCUUUUGGCGCCACUUUGUAUAUGUGUUAGAACAUCCAGCGUUGACACUUUCAGAAGAGACACCUGUCCAAUUCUUGCUAAAUAUGGCGAAUGUUGCUGCAGAAGACACCGAGUAUGCAAAUAUUUCAACUGUUAUUUACAACGCAUCGCUUUAAAUACGUAUAAAAGCCAAAUGAAGUGUUUAUUACAGAGAAAGCGAAGUAAAAGAAAUGAAACGUCGAUGACACCCCGAAGAGAUUUAGGAACAAAACGCAAAUGUCACUGCCGCCCACCGACAUCUAGGAACCAGCAAAAUAUAUUUUUAAGAGGAUUAUCCUUCUUUCGUAGAAAGUUGCCGAAAUUCAAACGUACUUCUAACAAUCCAAAACCAAAUCCACGACCGCGAGCUAGAUCGUAUCCUGCCGAAAAUUGUGCUUCCAGAAGUUGUUUGAAAAAUCGAAAUAAAAGAUCAUCUGAGAGAAGGAAAGUGAAAUUUUACAAAUAAAGGUAAUAAUAGACUGAUAUUUCUAAACAUUUAACCAACUAAAGAUUUGUUUCAUGGUAAAAAAAGUAUAUCAUCAAGCAAAGGACACAACAUAAAACAGCAAGACUAAUAAAAAUUUUAGUCUAUAAUUUUGGCCACGUGUUUGUAGACCUUGUCAUAAUUAUACAAUGAUAUAAAGCCAAUAUGUAAUAUAUAAAGAUGAACAUGAAAUAGUUGUUAAAUAUUAUUAUUUCUCUUGUUCAAUGAUAUCGAAUAAACGUAAAGAAAUCUCGUAUGUAUGUGUGAAACAUAUUUUACAUGUAUCUAAAAAAAUGUAAGCUUAAUUUAAAAAAUUACAAUUUUUUGCGCAGAUAUGUUAACAUAACUUGAAGUUGAAUAUUUUUAAUAAGUUUCACAUACUGCUGAAAAAUAAACAACUACUGUGAACCUUCAUCUGCGUCAAUAAUCUACGACUUCAUUUUGCAUUUCGUCUAGAAAUAUCGUAAAUAUGUUUUAAAUGACUCGCCUAAGACAGUGAUUUUCAACGAAAUAAAAGUCAUGAUUGUUUCUAAGACACAUAUUCAUAAGUA